UAAAGACUCACGAAUACGAAAAUGUGUUCGCCAAGUAGAGGAUAUCAAUAAACCGUCAGACAUAAAAGUGCCUACAGGACUUAAAUAUAGAGACACGUGGAGCACCACAGAAAACGACGAAUUAGAUCUUUGCUCUUGCACAUCAGAGAUCACGUUUGAGACAACUGCAGAUAAAGAUAUUUAUUCAUUGGGUAUGAGCACUAUAUCGGAACAGACAAAUAGAGUUAGUCAGACUGUAUCUAAAGGUAAGACAGAUUACACAAAGGUGACAGAACCGUGGAUCAAACAAAAGUAUACGAAGGAUGAUUUUUCUGAAUACAAAGACUCGAAAGAUUUAGAGCAAGAAAACACGGAAUUAGAAGAAAACAGAAAGAUAAAAAGCAUAACUACGAAGAAAAUAAAGGACAGAAUAGAACCAUCGGAAGAAAUUGCGACAAUUUACUCAGAUACAGAUAAUACUUCAUUAUAUGAUCCAACAGCAGAUUUAAAAUUAUACGGCGUUGGUCAUAAAUCGAGGAACCGACAAGCGACUAUGGAAGAAGUUGCAGGAUCUAAAAUGCAAUAUUCGGAAGUGAAGGCAACAAUCUCAGAAGGAAAACUUCUGGAAAUUGAUACUGGAAAUAAAAACACAUUUUUCGACAAGCUAAUAAGAAAGACAAAGUUCGAUAAAACCACCGAUCUAUCAGAUAAAAACAAAUCCAUUCAAACAAAAUUGCACAAACAUGAUAGAAGAGAUAAUCAUAUUGAGAAAGAUACAAAUAUCGCAGACGCAAGAAAGUUUGGUGAACUUUCUAGAGAAUUAAAUAAGGAGAGUAGAAGACAGAAAGAAAAGCAUCGUCGAAGGUCAAAACGAAGAAAAGGCAGUGGUUCAGAAAAAUCAACGUUAACCGAUGACGAAGAGAUUUAUCCUGAGCUUAAAUCACGAUCAAAAGAAUCACGUCGAUUUGUUCCCGAAACUGUUGAAAAAGGAAGCGAAGCGGAAGAAUUGAAACCACACGAAAAUGAAUACUUUGCUGGUGAAUCUCCAUCGCGAAGUUAUGGACCAGAUAUUUGUAAGAACUGUGCUUCCGAUCAUCCAGAGAUGGCGAAACGAAAAUUUGAAAUGCCUAUGGUAAAAAGAUACUUGCCUAUGUAUCAGAGUCCAGGACUGAUCGAAGAAUUGAAAAGGCAUGAUCGAAUGAGAUUAAUUCAAGAGAGAGAAAUUAGAAGACGGAGAAGUGGAAGUUCUCGUCGAUCUUCAGAUGCGGAAGAUCGAAAGGUCGAUCGUUCUCCUGCACCUGAUUCAUCGUUUAAACCGAAAGAAAAAGAUGGCAGACUUGCUUAUCAAGAGUCGCAAGCUUAUAAAAAUGUCUUACGCGAAUUUCAAAUAAGGGCUGGACGUCAAGAAGUUCGUAAGAAACCUAGAAAUAGGAUACCGUUAAUAUGCUUGUCUGAAAAGGCAGACAAAAGCAAAGAAGUGGAGCAACUGUAUCCACGUGAAAGACAGGCCCGACAAAAGCCGAAUGUGAUGAAGAAAUUCGCUCAUAAAAUGGUAGCACCAUUCAAGCCGCCUAAAUAUAAGAAACACAAAUGCAAAACGCACAGAGGAGACGUAAAGUUUGAAGAAAUGGAAAUUAUGUAUGAUUGCUUAUGUGACGCACAAGUUUUAAGCGAGGCAUCUUCUACUUGUAGUUGCGUUAAAAAGACGCACAAAUCUGGUACUUUAACAUCCGCCGAUGAAACAAGUGAUAAUAACGAGUCAAUCCAAUAAAAGGGUAAAAAUAAUAUCUUCAAACGUGUGUUACAAAGUUUUGGAAUCUGAUUCCUGAUAGUAUAAUCUCGAGACACCGUUAGUUAUCGGAUCUUAUACGAAAUUUAUCAUAGGAGAAAUAAAUAGUUUGUUAAGUAUGUUAAAGAUUGGAUUGCGGAUUUUUAUGCUGCGAAAUUAUUUAAAUGCCUGAAAAUGUACAGAAUGCAUAUAAUAUGUAAACAUAUAGGAAUUAUCCAAAGUUUUGUCAGUAAUCAAACUAAUAGCGUUCGCCUUUUGAAUUAGAAAGAGAAAAUAUAUAGUUUAGAAACCCUAAGUGCAUUAAACCCUUAUUUCUUAAUCACACCGUAUUAUUAAAGAUUUCGCACGCUCUGUACAAAUUCUUUCCAAGUAAUAUCAAUUCUCCGAAUUGAUCGUCAUUCGCUAUCAGUAUUUCAAGAUAUAUAAAUAUUCGCUCAUCUCUCUACCAUUUGAAAAUGACGAUACUUUAAUCGUAUUUACAUACGACACACUUCAUAAUCAUAGCUCCGA